AUGUCGUCCGCCCUGCGUCGUAGCUACAACGAAAACAGGAAUGAAGAUGUGCUCACCCCCUUUUCCCUGGCCCUCACCUGCAGCAUCAAGGCGAAAGGGGCCGAGCCGUAUCUGGCCAGCGAGAGCCCCAAGCUCAUCUCGCGCAAGUCGGCCAUCAGCACAACCACCAAGUGGGUCAAUGAAAUGGGCGGCGAGCCCGCCCGCAAGUGA